AACUGGGGCAGAUAGUGGGAGGAGGACGUGGUGCCCUGGGGUAAUGACGCGCUCAGCUGGCGGCAGAAGGGUGACCAGAGGUCAAAGUCUGCAAAUCUAGGUUCCCUUCCUGAAGCGGGCUUGCUAAAUUUCCUGUUGGGUAACUUUGAAUUCUUGGUCUGUUUAGCUUUAGCUGUGGCUAAACACUGUUUCUCCUCAGCCUUGAGACCGGGGGCUGCCACUCUCGCUUUGCCCAGAGCGGCCAGGCUCUCUCUCUGUGUAUCUGUGGCUGACUUGAAUUCCUGAUUCUCUUGCCUCCGCCUCCCGAGGGUUGGGAUUUCAGGUCUCUGGCUUUCCUGGAGCACCCACCCUGGAGCUAUGGUCCACGCUUUCCUCAUCCACACUCUGAGGGCCCCGAAUUUGGAAGAUACAGGCCUUUGCCGAGUGCUCUAUUCCUGUGUCUUUGGUGCUGAGAAAUCACCCGAUGAUCCACGGUCACAUGGUGCAGAAAGGGACAGGCUCUUCCGCAAGGAACAGAUUUUGGCAGUGGCCAGACAGGUGGAGUCACUGUGUAGGCUGCAGCAGCAAGCGGCUGGAUGUUCCUCCACAGACCUUCAGCCUCAGUUCUCAGCUGAACCUGUGUCCCUGCAUGAGGCCCCUCAUGGAGCCUUCCACCUGGCAGCCGGGGACCCUUUCCAGGAGCCUCGGACAGUGCUAUGGCUGGGUAUACUCUCCUUAGGUUUCGCCCUGGUGUUGGACACCCAUGAGAACCUGCUGCUGGCUGAGCGCACGCUCCGGCUCUUGGCUCGCCUCCUCCUUGACCACCUCCGGCUGCUGACACCAGGUACCAACUUCUUGUUGCGGGCUGACCGUAUUGAGGGAAUCCUCACCCGCUUCCUGCCACAUGGGCAGCUGCUUUUCCUCAAUGACCAGUUUGUCCAGGAUCUGGAGAAGGAAUUCAGUGCUGCUUGGCCCCGCUGACCCCUCACCAGACAAAGAGCGAGGGUAAAGGUUGCAUACUGCUAGGGGAAGUGUGGCAUCUGCCUCUUGCCCAGCCUGCUCCCUGCUCUGAUGUGUGGCCACGCUCAGGACAUACGGAUUGGGCAAGCCCGAAGGAAGGGACCUGGGUAGAAGGCUGUCUGUGCCUGUCCUCAGGCCACUGGAAUUGUAAAGUAUUCAUUGUAGAGCAUCCUGAAGCUGGAACCGCCCCGUGAUCGCGUAGGCUCUACAGUGUCCACCACGCGAGUCUUUGACUCCUCUUCAUUCAACCCUACCAGCUGUCAGCACUGGAGCAGCAUACUGCCGAGCUCACCCUAGUCGAUAGCCCCAGCACAAAAGGAGCCUCUGAGACCCACUUCACGGCUGGAGAACUGGGCUGGUACCCUAGCAAGCCCCGGUCCCUGCCUUUGCUCAUCAGCAAGGAUUUUGUCGGCAAGGCCUGUUCUGCUUCUAGCUCCCCCACAGUGCAGAGCAGGGGGAUUCUGCGGUUCCUUAUGUGCCAUGCCCCCGUGUCUGCCAAGAGAGCUGAGAACACAACAGCUUUUCUUGUCUGCUGGCUGGCAGGGGCCAGGCGUCUGGCCCAGGUGAUGCCUUAUUUUGAAUUAAAAACAAUGGCGGUCUGA